AUGUCGAGCAACUGCCCUCGCUAUGCCCCUGCUCCAGGAGCGCCCGCCACCUCGUCGACUCCCCUGUCGACCGUUCCCGCCGCUCGCACUCGUCCUGGUAUGGUGGCGGCCAUCCAGACGUUCCAAGAAACGGGUGAUUCAACCGCGUUUGCUGGCCUCAACAGUGACUCGGAAGAAGACGAUUACUCGUACGCCCCUCGCUCGUUCCCUCCUUUACCCGUCUCUCUGCGUGGUGCUCAUGGUACCCUCACUGCCUCGGCCCUCGUAGAUUCAGGGUCGCCUCAAACGUUCCUCAGUGAGGAUUUCGUUCAGCGAUUGGGAUUGGAAAAACGGGCCUUGGAACAGCACACGAAGUACACUCUUGCAAUGCAGAACCAAGUUCCCACUGUCUUCACCUGCACGCAUUUUGUUCGAGUUCCGGUCGAACUGGCUAAUGGACGUUGGGCGGCGGGCCCGACGUACGCCGAAGUGGCGCCCCUUGGGAGGGACCUCGAGCUUAUUCUGGGAGGCAACUUCAUCUACACGCACAAGAUUGACCUAGGUUAUUUCCCACACCGCCACCUCACGUGUAAGAAUAACCCGGAGGAGCCAAUUGACCUGCUUGAACUAUCGUCCCAGCCGCGCGGCACGUCGCCCGUGGCCGCUAUCGCGCCCGUCAACGAAGACGAACAGCUCCGCCUUGCCGCGCUCGACCAGCGCCUCUUCAUCGAGCUGACACCAGAAGCUAGUUGUAAUCCAUAUAACUUGCACCUGUCAUCUUCGGUCACCAGUGAGGCUCCGCUGUCCGAGACAGCGUGCCUUUCACCCCAGGGAUCAAUUGGUGCAAGAAUGGACGAGUAA